AUGAAAUCCGGUUUGAGACCCCAGACUUUGAGCCAAUGGCUUACUAUCGCAGCGUGUAUCGCAGCACCUCUAGUGCGAGCCGACAUAGUCACAAUAUCGUUUCAGGAUUUUAAAGACGGCCUCAAGUAUAGCAGUGCAAGUACCAUAGGCCCUUUACGUACAGAGAUAUCCAACCUCGAAAAGCUCACCACCAGCGUUUAUCCAAUCGAACUCCCAUCUGGCGCGAACUCCCCAACCGGCGUACGAAAAACUGUUUCAACAAAGCUUUGGGGUCUACAGUACGGAAUCGACCUAGCGAGAGAAGAGCUCGCCGAUCCGGAUGUAGAAUACGGCCAAGCCGACCUCGGCGUCCUCGAAGAUUUACUUGAGGAUAUUCAGAAGAAAUUUAUGACGUUCUCUACAAUUAGCAUCCAAGUUCCAGAUGGGUUCUAUACAACUCCAGAUCCGUACAAAUCUAAGCCAACCGAUAUUUGGACUUUCAUUAAUAGUUUGUCCAAUCACCUCGCCGCAAACGGUGGACUCGACAACCCUGAGGCCAGUGCUGGGCGAUUGGUCAGCUUUCUUUUCUCAGCCCCGCUUCCUGAUAGUGGGACCAUAACAUUGGAUUUCGAUGCGUUCGAUUUACGCGUGAGAACUCUCAGAAAAUUAAUGGAAACCUUGGAAAAUGUCAUCAAAAAGGCGCCUGACUUGACCGCGCCUGACGAUGAUAUCCAACUAUACGUUAAGACAUUAAAGGACUAUGACCUCUCUAACGCAUCUGAAUUGGAAGCUUUCGUUGUAGCGGGGUACGAGGAUGUGAUAACUAUGCUGAAAACAUAUCUAAAGGCAGUUUCUGGUAUAUUUUGGACAGCUGAUGAACUUUACUGGGAACUCAAGGGUCUGUGGCUUCCCGUGUAA